CCCUAACGAUACAGCGGUAACAUCCCCAAACCCCGAUUCUUACAAUGGCCCAGUCUUCGAAGCUCUCCCUCUCUUCCACCUUCACCCCCACGCCCUUCCUCAACUUUCGCUCCAACUCCUCCCUUCCCACCAAAUUCAGCCGACAACCCUCUUUCAAGAUACUUUUCUCCGCUUCCCAACCACCGCCGCCGUCGCUGCCACCGAGCUCGAAGCCCACCACUCCCGAUAAAGCCCUGGACCUUGUCUCCCUCCUCCGUGCUAUCCCGGACUGGGCUGAUCGUACUCAAGAGCGUGGAAUGGAACAAAACCGCGCUCUUUACAACCACGAAAAAUGGGUUCAUCACAGAAGCUCACGACGUCACCUUCGGCAUUUACUUUCCAUUCUACAAUCGCGUGUCAUCUUAUCACUGGUUCCACCUGUUUUAGUUUUUACUUCGGUUGCUAUCGUCGUCGCCACUUACAACACCGCCGUGAAUUUGCAUUGGUUGCCCGGCUUUUUCCCGGUUCUGAGAGAUUCUUCGUUGCCUUAUCAGUUGACUGCGCCUGCAUUGGCUUUGCUGUUGGUUUUUAGAACCGAGGCCUCGUAUUCAAGGUAUGAAGAGGGAAGGAAGGCGUGGACUAUGGUAAUUGCAGGCACAAAUGAUUUGGCAGGGCAGGUAAUCGCCGGUAUUGACAAUUCAGCUGAUGAUCAGCCCAUUAAAUCUGCUCUCUUGCACUAUAUCAUGGCUUUUCCUGUUGCACUUAAGUGUCAUGUUCUGUAUGGCUCGGAUAUUGGCAGGGAUCUUCAGAAUCUGCUUGAAGUAGAUGAUUUAGCAGUGAUACUGAACUCGAAGCAUCGGCCUCGCUGCAUAAUCGACUUCAUUUCUCAGAGCCUUAAAGUGCUGAACUUAGAAGAAUCGAAGAGAACUAUGUUGGAGUCAACAAUCUCAUGUUUCCAUGAAGGAAUCGGUGUAUGCGAUCAACUCAUGGGGAUUCCGAUCCCUCUAUCGUACACUCGGUUGACAUCGAGGUGUUUGGUCCUUUGGCAUCUUACUCUUCCUAUCAAACUAUGGGAUGAUUGCCAUUGGAUUGUUGUCCCUGCUACUUUCAUCAGUGCUGCUUCCUUGUUCUGCAUAGAAGAAGUUGGUGUUCUUUUCGAAGAGCCGUUCCCCAUGUUAUCCCUUGAUGAGCUCUGCAUCUUAGUGCAGAACAAUAUAAAAGAAACGAUCGCAACAGAGAAUGAUAUUCAAGCAAGGGUAAAGGGGAAAAGAAAGUGGCAUUCUUACAAACAUUCACCUAAUGGUUGCCCCAAAACAGUGUUAACAGGGUAGUUGGCAAAGGUUGUGCAUAUUGUGAAAUAUAUAUUUUCACAUUGAUUCAAGGCUAACUAUCUUUGCCUUCUGCUACCUAGAAUCUAGAUGUACAUAGAGUAUGGUUGAACCAUGCAAAAAGAAACGAUAAUCGUAGGAUAUCUAUGUAUACUUUACACAAUUUUCUGAUAAAUACAAAAUAAAUG